AUGCUUUUCUUGUGUUCUCCUUUCUCUUCUAUCUUCAUACCUUUUUCACAUUCAACAUUGACAUUAGCCAAUCAAAAUCCAUCUUUUCUAUCAACUUUUUCUUACCUCCAUUAUUUUUUCUCGUCUUUCUUUUCUCUUCAUUCUUUUCUUUCAUGUUUUCUUUUCUAUCUUCUUAACUUUUCAUAUUCAACAUUGUCAUUAGCCAAUCAAAAUCCAUCUUUUCUAUCAACUUUUUCUUACCUCCAUUAUUUUUUCUCGUCUUUCUUUUCUCUUCAAUCUUUUCUUUCAUGUUUUCUUUUCUAUCUUAACUUUUCAUAUUCAACAUUGUCAUUAGCCAAUCAAAAUCCAUCUUUUCUGUCAACUUUUUCUUACCUCCAUUAUUUUUUCUCGUCUUUCUUUUCUCUUCAUUCUUUUCUUUCAUGUUUUCUUUUCUAUCUUACCUUUUUACAUUCAACAUUGACAUUAGCCAAUCAAAAUCCAUCUUUUCUUUCAACUUUUUAUUUCCUAUAUUAUUCCUCUUGCUGUUUUCUUUUCCUUUUACUACUUUUCUUUUGUUUUCUUUUUCAUCUUCCAUCUUCCUAA